CCUUUGCCAACAACACAAAAACCUAACUCUACUCCACCUUGAAAACCCCUACUCUAUAUUAUAUAAAUAAAACCCAAGUAACACAACAAACAUUAUAGGGAGGGAAGCAAAGAAAGAGAAGGAGAGAGAUUCACCAACCCCUCCUCUCUCUCUUUCUAGUUGCAUUAUUUGCUUUCUUCUUGCUCAAAGAUCUUGCCUUUCCCUUUUCUUGUUUUCACUGUCACCUCUCUCUCUCUCUCUCUUGGUUUCUUCAAAAAAAAAAAAAAAAAGUCUCAAUUCUUUUUUUGUUUUUUUUGCAAUUUUGCCUUAUACCUAUUAUUAAAAAAUGGAUUUGUUAGGUGCCCAUUUGCUCAAAAUCCAAUCUUUUCCUGUCUAAAACGUCCGGUUUUGGACUUUUGGGUGUCCAUUAAAGCAUAAAAAAAAAGUUAUUUACAAGGUUUUGAUUCAUGGCUAGGGGAGGAAACCAGCUGUUUGAUGAUAAUAGAGAUGGGUUUCUCAGGAUUUCCGGUCUGGGGUCUCAAUGGAAUAGCUUUGAAGAUGUGCAAUAUCUCCCCGCAGGAGGUCUUUUUGCAAGUGUUAAUCAAAUGGGUAUGGGGGACAACGGCAGCCUAAAGUCGCUAUACAAUGAUUUGUGUGUUAAGUACUUGUCAUUUGUUGGGGUUCAAGAGGAGGAAGGGGUUCUGAAGAAGAAGGAGAAAGGUGGGCUUAAAUUGAAGAUUAAGAUAAAAAAUCCUUCAUUAAGAAGGUUAAUUAGUGGAGGGAUAGCUGGGGCUAUUUCAAGGACUGCAGUGGCUCCUUUGGAGACUAUUAGGACUCAUUUGAUGGUGGGGAGUAGUGGACAUAGUACUAAUGAGGUUUUUAAUAAUAUAAUUCAGACUGAUGGAUGGAAAGGGUUGUUUAGAGGCAAUUUUGUUAACGUGAUUCGUGUUGCGCCUAGCAAGGCCAUUGAGCUUUUUGCAUAUGAUACGGUAAACAAGAAGUUGUCCCCUGCACCUGGGGAGCAGCCAAAACUUCCAAUUCCUGCGUCAUUAAUUGCCGGGGCAUGUGCUGGGGUGAGCUCUACUUUGUGCACAUACCCGCUUGAGUUGGUCAAGACACGAUUAACUAUACAGAGAGGUGUUUAUAAUGGUAUAGUAGAUGCAUUCUUAAAAAUUCUCCGUGAAGAGGGCCCUGGAGAACUCUACAGAGGUCUUGCCCCCAGCCUUAUUGGAGUUAUUCCAUAUGCUGCAGCAAAUUACUUUGCAUAUGACACGUUACGGAAAGCCUAUCGAAAAAUUCUUAAGCAAGAGAAGAUUGGCAACAUUGAAACUCUUCUAAUCGGAUCUGCUGCUGGUGCCAUAUCAAGUAGUGCAACUUUCCCUCUUGAAGUCGCCCGCAAGCACAUGCAGGUAGGAGCUCUCAGCGGAAGACAAGUAUACAAGAAUGUGAUCCAUGCCCUAGCUAGCAUAUUGGAACAAGAAGGCAUCCAGGGGUUAUAUAAAGGGCUGGGACCCAGUUGCAUGAAGUUGGUUCCUGCUGCUGGGAUAUCUUUCAUGUGCUAUGAAGCAUGCAAAAAGAUACUUGUAGAGGAUGAGGAAGAAGCAUGAAAGGAGCAAAUGACUCGAGCGUUUUUCUGUCAAAGCAAAAGGGAAAAUUGAGAUAGUAGUAAUUUUUAUUUAUACCAAGUUAAUUUAUCUUGGGUUUUUGUCUCCGUUGAGGUUUUUAUUUUUGGUUUAGGAAACGGUCCCACAAACUUGUUUGGGAAGUUAGAAAACAUGCAUCGCCUUUGUUUUUACCCUUUUUCCUGGUUUUACCAAAUCGAUCGGACAUUUGCAUUUUGAAAAAUGUUAUUUUAUUGGAUUGCCA